AUGUGGUUAGUUGCGAAAAACAGUUCCCUGCUGUCGCCUGAUCUGACGCUGAUCAUUUUGCAUAUUUCCUUAAGAAAUUUAAGGGUGUUGGGGUCCAUCGGGCCAAGAACCUCGAUGCAUAUUGGCAAGAAUUCCAUCGAGGGGAGGGCGUUCCCAUAUUUUUUCAUUUUCUCGUCCGCUGCCCUGGCCGCGGCCAAACCGCAUUCUUUACUUGUCAGGGCGGUGCGCAGGGCUCCGUCAAAUUCGCCCAAUUUAGAAGGGUCAAUGUGUUUAGAUGUACGCAGGAAGUACAUCAAUUUGGGCAAACUGAGGACAUUGCGGAUAAUAGUCAAGGCGUCAUAG